CCAAGUUCAGAGGCUAAAGCCCUUUUAAUUUUUAUUGCUAUAAGCUAAGGAGGAGGAGGAGGAGGAGGAGGAAGCUUCUAGGCCUCUAAGGUUUAGUACCUUAGUGGCAUAGAAUUCCGACGUGGGUCAUCGGAAAAUACCCAACUCCGGCCACCGGAAAGCCACAAAAUGAUAUAAUAGAAGACGGGUUCUUUAAAUCUGGCGAAUUAUAUAAGUUAAUGGCGAAGGGUCGAAAACUCGGGUUGAGUACUCGUCAGGAUCGACUACUAGGGAGCUUUGGCUAUGGUGGUGGUGGUGGUGGUGAUGGUGUUAACGGCACCAGGGAUAUAUCAGAGCUGGUGGAAGAAGAUGUAUGGUCCAUGGUGGAUGACAUGGACAAUAUGGACUUAGAUGAUCAUAUGCAUACGAGACAUCCAUCACCAUCUAUGGCCACCACCGGAAACGGGUGGAGCAACCAUGGGACUACCCGGAAUCGCCGGAGGAGUGGUGGUGCUGGUGGAUUAUCGAUGGCUUUUGUCGACGAUUCCGUCGGGAAUGGUAAGCCACAAGGGUCAAGGAUCGUGCAUCAAUUCCGAGGGCAGGAAAGCGUAGGGAGUAGUGGACACCGGAAUAAUCAUAUGGCGACGUCGGCUCCGGUGAACGUGCCGGAUUGGCCUAAGAUACUAAGGGUUGAUUCGGUGGAAUCGAUGCAUGACUCGGACGAGUACGAGUUUGAGGAUGGCGAGUCAACGGAGAGGAUUCCACCACACGAGUAUUUGGCUCGGGAGUAUGCGAGGACACGUAAGAUGACUGCCACAUCGGUUUUGGAAGGUGUGGGUCGAACCCUUAAGGGCCGGGAUAUGAGCCGGGUUCGAGAUGCGGUUUGGAGUCAAACCGGGUUCUAUGGUUGACCGAUUUCAGUUCUUGAAAUAGUACAGAAGGACGGAAGACUGCGUGAGCUAUGAAAAAUUCAAAUAUUGAUUGGGGAAGCUUUUGUUAGUUUCUGGGUAAUUACUAGUACUAUUUAAUUUUUGUUCUUGGGCAAUGAUUCCGAUGGGUGAACCAAAAUCACUCUGCAACGUUUGAGCCUCUCUCUCUCUCUAGAGUUUAAACGGGAAAUUGUAUUUAAAUGAUUAAUCCAUGGAAAUGUUAAGCAAUUCUUGUUUACUGA